AUGACUGAUGAAGAAUUUGGAAGAGAGAUUGUUGCUGGCGUAAAUCCUGGCCUAAUUCGCGCCCUCCAGGAUUUUCCUCCAAAAAGUAAGCUUGACAGUGCAAUCUAUGGUGAUCAUACCAGCACAAUAACCAAAGAGCAGAUAGAGCUUAACUUGGAGGGUUUCAGUACUCUUGAUGAGGCUAUACAAAACAAGAAACUGUUCUUGCUAGAACACCAUGACACAAUAAUUCCAUAUCUAAGGCUAAUAAACUCAACUUCAACCAAAGCUUAUGCUUCAAGAACCAUUCUUUUCUUGAAAAAUGAUGGAACUUUAAGGCCUUUAGCCAUUGAGUUAAGCCUUCCACAUCCUCAAGGAGAUCAAUUCGGCGUUGUUAGUAAUGUCUACUUGCCUGCAAUUGAAGGUGUUGAAGCUACAAUUUGGCUACUUGCUAAGGCUUAUGUUAUAGUAAAUGACUCAUGCUUUCACCAACUUGUCAGCCACUGGUUGAAUACUCAUGCAGUUGUCGAACCUUUUGUGAUAGCGACGAAUAGGCAACUUAGUGUGCUUCAUCCUAUUUAUAAGCUAUUACAUCCGCAUUAUCGCGAUACGAUGAAUAUAAAUGCACUUGCUAGACAAUCCUUAGUCAAUGCAGAUGGUAUUAUUGAAAAAACAUUCUUGUGGGGAGGGUAUGCUAUGGAGAUAUCAUCAAAAGUUUAUAAGGAUUGGGUUUUUACAGACCAAGCCCUACCUGCCGAUCUCAUCAAAAGAGGAAUAGCGGUUGAGGAUUCAACUUCGCCUCACGGUCUUCGUCUAGUGAUAGAGGACUACCCGUAUGCUGUUGAUGGGCUCGAUAUUUGGGAUGCUAUUAAGACGUGGGUGCAAGACUAUGUUUCGAUAUACUUCAUAUCAGAUGAGAAAAUUCAGCAAGACACUGAACUCCAAGCUUGGUGGAAAGAAGUUGUUGAAGUAGGCCAUGGUGACAAGAAAGGCGAGGCGUGGUGGCCUAAAUUGCAAACUCGCGGAGAUUUGAUUCAUGUUUGUAAUAUUAUCAUAUGGACUGCUUCAGCUCUUCACGCAGCUGUUAAUUUUGGACAAUAUCCGUAUGGAGGUUUCAUAUUAAACCGUCCAACUCUCAGUAGGCGAUUAAUGCCAGAGAAAGGUACUCCUGAGUACGAUGAGCUAUCGACUAACCCUCAAAAGGCUUAUUUGAAAACAAUUACACCAAAGUUUCAAACUCUUAUCGAUCUAUCAGUCAUAGAAAUCUUGUCGAGGCAUGCUUCUGAUGAGUACUACCUUGGACAAAGAGACAGUGCUGAGUAUUGGACUUCUGAUACAAACGCCUUAGCAGCUUUCAAGAAGUUUGGAAAAACACUAGCUGAAAUUGAGGGACAACUCAUUCUGAGGAACACUAAUGAAUCAUUGAGAAACCGAGUUGGGCCGGUUAGCAUGCCUUAUACUCUUCUCUAUCCUUCAAGUGAGGAAGGACUUACUUUUAGAGGAAUUCCCAACAGUAUCUCGAUCUAA